UCGCUUUAACGGUGAGUGACGGCAAUAUUGUGCGCCGGUGAAGCACAAAUCCGGUGACUGACUUUAACCAGUCCUGUUGCCCAGUGUUUUGGGUUAGUUUAGUGCUGUGAGCUGUGAAUUCAUGUAUACUAAGUCCGUUUUGUUUACUUAAACCACACAGUAGGCUGGUUAGUGUAGUUUUGCGAUAUUGGGAAGGGGCUCGCUCAAAUCAAAUCAUGGCUUAUAUUCAGGUUUUGAAGGUCCUGCACCGAAAUCUGCAGCACAGAGCACCACAGGUCAGCGUGCUUAUCCAUACGCACAGGAGAGUGUCAACAUUAUCAAGACUGGCCUUCCACAGUGGACUAGAGGCUAAUUCGCCUGUGCUAAGCUGCUUAAUACAAACACACAGACGGCGGGGUAUUUGUCUCGACUUUACAGCCAGAAAUAAAAGCAGCCCCGAGGACCGAGACAGGUCAGUGUCCAAGUUCCAGAGUGGGAGUCCAAAGCCUUCAGCUGCACAAAAAGUGAAAGAAGCUGGCAGGGACUUCACCUACCUGAUCGUGGUACUCAUCGGGCUUGGAGUGACAGGUGGGCUGCUGUAUGUGGUGUUCCAAGAGCUGUUUGCAUCCGCGAGUCCAAAUAAAGUGUAUGGGAGAGCCUUCGAUAAAGUCAAGUCACACCCAGAGGUAAUUGGUGCAUUUGGUGAGCCAAUCAAAUGUUACGGGGAGACCACCCGUCGAGGAAGGAGGCAGCAAGUCAGUCAUAUCGAGUACCUGAAGGAUGGAAUGAAGCAUAUGAGACUUAAGUUUUACAUUGAGGGCUCAGAGCCGGGAGUGAAGGGGACAGUGCAUACAGAGUCUAAAGAGAAUCCUGAAACUGGAAAAUAUGAGUUUCGUUAUAUAUUUGUGGACAUGGAUGUCUACCCAAGACGGACUAUAAUUGUGGAAGAUAACAGAUAAGGACCUUAGAUGUGUGAUUCAGCGUUAUGGAAGCAUGAGGAGUGUGUGUUAGAUGUGUUGCUGGACAAAAAAACUGGAGAAUUCACCUUCACAUAGUGUCAGAGGCUGUUAAACAAUUACAGCUUUGGUGUAGCAUUUGGUGUAGAGCCUUGCAAAGCAGAGAUCAAAGGAUCACAUGGCCCCGUGCUACUAAUUUAUAAAUGUUUGUUUUUUUUACUAGAUUGUGAUCUUGAUUUUGAA